AUGAGUAAACCUGACGCCAGAAACUUCGAAGAAAGAUAUAGGGCUUGUUUUAUUGAUUUCGGACUAAAAAUCGGUUCUGGGCUCCUCCUAGGGAGUAUGUUCGGCAGUUUCUUCCUCCGUGGUUACAAGAAGUGGCCCAUGUUCAUCGGAGGAGGUCUUGGCUUCGGUAUGGCCUACGGAAACUGCGAAAACAGUCUCAACGACUACCUUAUGGCCCUCGACCCUAAGCUAUGUGAAGUAAAGUUAGUAUUUGUUUUAUGA